AUGCGAGGGUUGGAGCGUGGUCCGCACACGUUCCUGGAGCUACACAAGCUCCAAGCGCUAAUUCCCCAGAGCAGGCGAAGCGCAGCGGAGAGGCUACAAGAACAUCGCGAAAGACAGGCGCUAAGAGAGCGCUACGAAGAGCCAUCAGACGAGCGACAAAUUCAGCAUCCGGUACUACGCUAUACAGAGGCAGGGAACACUCUCUUCGACAGUUGGGCGCGCACCCUGGCACGCAGCGCAGCGCCGGAGCCAGCAGUCCGGUAUGUGCUCAGCAACAUACGACAUCUUCAUGACUUGGCUAUCUACCGAAAUGGGCGUCAGCAGACGCAUGCGGAUCUGAUCUGCCUGUAUCAAUGGGCAUGGGACAACGAUUCGGCCAAGAACCGGCUGGAGUUGCGCCGCCGAGUCUGGCAGCGCCUGGAUGGACUACUCAGGAGACGCAGGGCCUCUGCAGAAGUUCGCUUCGAGAGGCCUUGCGUACCGGCCUCGACGAUGACGGCGGAACAACUGACUGCCACGCUCUAUCGUAAAGAACGCCGCAAGCAAAUAGUCACUGAUGCACUUGAGGGCGCAGAGAGAGCUGCAGAGGCCGGUGACAUGCACGCGCUCUACCAAAGUGUGCGCCAGCUGGCGCCCGCAGCUCCAAAGGAGCGCAUCCAGAUCCGCGAUGCUGAGGCAGUUCCAGUCGGAAAGGUGCCACCAGAAGUCUGGAAGCAAUGCAGCGCAGACCUGCUACCGCACAUCAAGCACCUUUUCGAUCAUCACCUCCGCCCAGGGCUCCUGGACCUGCCGUGCAGCUGGAAAGACGGCAACAAGCGUGAAGUGCACGAGCGCAGAGCCGGAGUGCCCAGCGUCAAGGCACUAGGGGCAGCCAUGUUAAGCAUCGACAUGUCCAAAGCGUUCGACCAAGUUUCUCAUGAGUAUUUAGCUAAGGCGCUUUGCUUCCUGGAAGUUUCAGAGGACACUAUCAGCCUAAUACUUGAGCUCCACAGGGCCCAAUACCACGUAAAGCAUAAUCGGCAGGAGGGAUGCAUUGACCUUUGCAACGGCAUACGUCAAGGAUGUGUCCUCUCGCCUCUGCUCUGGGUCUGUGUAACCACGUACAUGCUGCACAACCUCGCAGAGCGCUCCUCAGCGCAGUGGACAGAAGAGGACGUCACAGCCUUCGCUGACGACUUCAUUAGCACCUUUCAGCUCCACAGCAUACGGGAUGCCACCAGAAUGCUUCAGCGUAUCCAACAUUUAUUCGCUGUACUAGAGGAGGUGGAUGUUACCCAGGCCAAAACGCUGAGCACGCCUGGCAGACCAAUCUCCUUAGAGCCUUCCAUGAAGCUGAGAGCGCGGAAUCCGGAAGCUGCCCUACAUGUCGGCAGCGGCGGCGGAGAUUCUCAACACCUUCUAGCCGCACAGGCGCGAGCAGCGCCGGAAGCCCCAGCGGCUUCGGACAAGAAGCUGAGCCGAGAUCCGGGGGACCCGGAUCGUGCCCAGAAGUACCGGCGCCCGAGCUACAAGGGGGGCAACCAAGGCAAAGGACGGUCCUGGAGCUCUUGGGAAACGCAGUGGGGAAGCAGCAGCUGGGACAACAAGAAUGCCAGCCUCAGCCAGACCGUCAACGGCGAGGAACUCCGCGAGCUAGUGGCCACGCUGGUCCGCCUGACGUUGCGCCACGAGGACACAGAGGCUGCGAUUCGCAGCGACUCCGGCUUCAUGCUGUAUCUGGAUACUCAGGGCUUUGGGAUGACGCGCGAGCUGUACACCAUAAGCCAGGAGUGGAAAGAAAAGAAGAACGCCACGCCACCCCAGGUGACCCAAUCACUUCGAGUGACUUUGCUGACAGCACUGCUGGCCAGCAUGAAGAUCAAGAUGGCGGCUGCUCUCCAGCCCGAGCGUCGCAGCACGCUGGAGAAGCAUGGAUGGGUCACUCCGGGGGACCCGCCCAGCUGGGCCUACCUGCGUUGGAACCCGACAACCGAGCAGCAGGAGAUCGAUCCGAGCAGACCUCCCCUCUUGCACCAAGACGCCGUGACUACGAUCAACGCGAUCUUCGGGAUCAUCCCCCAGGACAACGUCCUGCACAAGUUCCACGGCACGCGCCCCAUGGCGGAGAACUACCAGGGCGACACCCUUCCCUUCGUCCUCAUGAUCUCCAACAGGGGCCAGCGGGCGGACGAGCUGCACCAGCACUUGACUCGUCUCUGCGACAACUCUUGCAUGAGACUGGUUGGAGCCCGAUUGCGCGCGGACCGCAUGAAGCGCCAGCCGUUGGCAGUGCGCCUUUCGCAGCUCGCAGGUCCCCUCCUCGAUGCCACGCACCCGAUGAAGAAGGAGCGCGACACCGAGUGGAGCGCGAUGGAGAAGGAGGCCAGCAAGGACAAGCACACGGACGCCGACAUGGGCCCAGGAACGGCGCAAGCGGAAGACCCGAACCUGUAA